AUGCUGGUUACGAGAACGAGUAAAAGUACUGGUAAGCGUGUAAAUGUGGCUGCCCAAGAAGUUGUUGGCCAUGGCCAAAGGCAAGAAGGUGUAGUUGCAGGUACUAGUGGUGAAGAUAGAGCAACUGGCACGCGGAUACGUGAUUUCCUUAAUUUGGACCCUCUAUCAUUCCCUGGGUCAGAUCGUAAUGAAGAUCCACAAGACUUUAUAGAUCAGAUCCAACACACUUUUGAUGUUAUGCAUGUGAGUGGCAAAGAAGCACUCAAGCUAGCAGCAUAUGGAUUAAAGGGUGUGGCUAUAUUUUGGUAUGAUGCUUGGAAGCAAUUUAGGGGAACAGAUGCACCUUCAGCUACAUGGAAAGAGUUCAAAAAGGCAUUCCUUGACCAUUACCUUCCAUUGGAUAUCCUAGAGGCUCGUGCAGAUCAGUUCUUAAAUCUCUACCAAGGAAGUAUGAGUGUGAGAGAGUACAGUCUCAAAUUUAAUUCCUUGGCCAAGUAUGCUCGUAAUGUAGUAGCUAAUAUGGAGGAUAGAGUGCAUUGA